UUCCUCUCUAAUAAGCCCAUUUUCAAUGGCUAAAGUUUACUCUAACAAGUCAAAUCUAAGUACUAUUUCUUCUUCUUCUUCAAUUUCUUCAAACUCUUACAUGAGCCCAAGAAGAGAAAUAUUUACUUUGUGGAUGAAAUCUCUAGUCUACCAUGGAAAUGGCUGCACUGUUUAUGAUUCAAAAGGCCAAAUUGUUUACCGAAUUGACAACUACAACAUAAAACGUAGCAAGGAAGUCCAUCUCAUGGAUUCCAAUGGCAGGGUUCUCUUUUCUAUUCGAAAUAGGAAAGUUCCAGUUUUUGGACAUUGGGAUGGCUAUAAAUGGAGUUACGAAGGAGUGACUAGUAAGGAGAUACCAUGGUUUCAAGUGAAGAAAAUUCACAAUGUCCUUAGGGAAGAUAAUAUGAAUUACUAUAAUGUUAUAUUGGGAUGUAAUCAAGCUGAAGCAAACUGCUAUAAUAUUAUCCUUGGAAUAAAAUCAAUUAAGAUUGUGACCCAAGUAAGCAGACUUGUUGCAGAGGUAAAACAAAAACAAGCAACUUCAGGAGUACUAUUUGGAAGUGAUGUAUUAACAUUGGUGGUGGAACCUCAUGUUGAUAACUCAUUGGUCAUGGCUCUUGUUACUGUUUGUGGUCUCAUACAUCACAAAAUUUGAUAAUAGAUUCAACUUGUUUGGAGCUGGAUCGUCGUUAUUUUUCUAAUAUCUCUUUCCUCUUUUUUUUUUCUUCCUCCUAUUUUAUUGGGAAUUCCUUGUUUGUUCUUGCAAACAGGGAAAGAUACAUCUGGAAAGAGGUCUUAGUUUGCUCCAUUCCGGUGUCUCUAAUUUGGAGGGUGAACGCUGUCACUCCAAAUUUGAAGUGACAUUAUUCAUCCACUCUAUUACUAUUUUCUAUUAUUUUAUUAUUAUCUUAUAUUA